CACGUUUGCGCAUGACCGCAUAGAAAUCAUUCACUGAUUCACAUUCGCAGACGGUCGGGCGAAAGGUGGACGCAAGGCUCGGGAACUCGGAAGCGUUCAAACUUCAAAGAGUGUUUCUUGCGCCUUGACGUCGGACCGUCCCACUCAAUCCGUAAUUCGCCGGUUUAUCGCUAAUGACUUUGAACAUCUUUUCGUCUGUCUGAUCGCGCAGUGCCGCCGUCCGGACGAGACGUCGCCCGGUGAAAAAAUCAGGAAAAUUUUGUCUUAUUUUACUGUCAGUGAAAACCCACAGAAAAUGGACUGGAUCGUCUCCGGGAUCUCGUCCCUGCUCAAUCUUUCCAACUGGUACAUCGGAAGUGCCUUCUGCUCGGGAUACAUCCUUUAUUAUCUUUUCGAGGUUGUUAAGAAACCUAGGCUCGCUUGUUCUGAUGGGAAUUUCAAGAAUUUCUUAGAGAACAAGGUUCCACUGCUGCAAGAAAAGUUUUGGCCGACGUUUUGGUGUGUCGAGGCACGAGCUCAAACUCUUAUGGCUAGUUUUGUCAGAGCGACUGUAAUCCCCCAUAUUAAUUAUAGAAGAGAAAUUUUAACUCUGAAAGACGGAGGCGAAAUUUGUUUAGAUUGGCUUGAACCAAUUGAAAAUUGUCCUAAGAAUACACCAACUGUGAUUAUCCUUCCAGGUUUGACAGGAGCAAGUCAUGCAGACUAUGUGAAAGGUCUUGUACUAGCUGGAAAAAGUGUCGGUAUUAGAUGUGUCGUUUUUAAUCAACGGGGUAUCGGAGGAAUUACGCUAAAGACUCCGCGGACAUACUGUGCCUCGAAUAGUGAGGAUUUGGUUGAAGUGAUAGAUUAUGUGAGAAAGGUUUGUCCAGAUGCACCAGUUGCAGCGACCGGAAUUUCGAUGGGAGGGCUUAUUUUGGGCAAUUACCUUACAAGUGUACAGAAUUCGAACAGAGAACUGACAUGUGCCAUGCUCAUAUCUGUACCAUGGAACGUUCGUGUCGGAUGCGAAAGCAUUGAACAACCUGUUGUUAAUCUAAUGCUGAACAGACAUCUUGCUUCGUGUUUAUGCAAUAUUGUUAGGAAUGUAAGGCAUGUCAUCGAACCAGGCCCGUAUGCCAUUGAUGACGUUCUCAAAAGCAAAACAAUAAGAGAAUUUGACAGUAAAUUCACAGUUAAACAGUUCGGAUAUAAAGAUGUCGAUGAUUAUUACACACAUGCCAGCCUUCAUGAUAAAAUUCACAAAUUUAAAGUGCCUGUCUUAUGUCUCAGUGCUGCUGAUGACCCUUUUCAACCACUGGAUGGUAUCCCAGUUGAUGAAGCGAAUAAAAACGGUAAUGUAGGUAUUGUAGUUACAUCACGAGGAGGACAUAUAGGAUUCAUGGAAGGGUUCUGGCCCAUUUAUCAGAAUCAGUACAUGUUCAAACUGUUUGCCCAAUUUUUUGAUUCGAUGCUUGUCCACGAAGGUUACAAGAUAAUCAAGUAAACGGCAAUGGCUUAACACACACUUCAAAAUCAAUAAUAACUCUUUGUAAAAUUGUUUUUGUUUUAUGGGGAAUGGCAGGUCCUUAUCCCUCUAGUUUAUUUGUAUGAAAUCAGCUUUUUCAGAUUUUUAAAAAUACACGUUUUGUAAGUCGUAAGCAAAGUUUCACUACAAAUAAUUCACUCUUGAAAUUAGUUACUAGUGUACUAAAUAUUUUAGUAGAUUUGAUAUUAAAUUAAUAGACAAUUAAAAAAUAUUAUUUUUUAAAUAAUAACAAGCUCUCUUGUAAUGUAGAUACUAUCAAUGACUUUGAUUGAGUUAUUGCAAUUUUGUUUAAUUGUCAAAUUUGACCAUUUUAUAGUUUAUUACUAUUUAUAUUUAAUUUGUUUUUCUUUUCUUUAGAACUUUGUUAACAGCGUUACCACAUUGUGUUGUACGGUUACCAUUAAAUCUUUAUUUUUAAUAAUU